GCUUUCAUGACAGAGACACAAUCACAAAUUGUAAAUUGCGCUUUAUUGAGACAGCCUAAAUAUUUACAUCGGUUGCAUCGUUUGUUCAAUUAUUAUUUUAAAACACACAAUGAUAGACGGUAACAUAUCAAUGGAAGAAGACACUGAAUUACGAGAUUUAGUAGUACAAACACUUGAAAAUAAUGGUGUACUUCCAAAAGUUAGAGCACAGCUACGAGCCAGUGUUUUUUUGGCACUUGAAGAACAAGAAUCCGUAGUGAAUCCAGAACCAUUAUUGAGUAAAACAGUAAAACAAUAUCUUGAAAAUACAGAAGGUAAAUUAUUAUUUUCAUUAGUUAGAGAAUUUCUUGAAUAUUUUGGUUUGGAUUAUACAAUAUCAGUGUAUGAUCCAGAAACAUAUAUUGGAAAAGAUUAUAAUUACAUUGGUAGAAAUAAAUUGAGUGAAAAAUUGGGAAUAAAUACAACAGAACCAUUGCUUGGUGAAUUAUUAAAAAAUACAUUAAAUAAUAUUAUAAAUAAUAAAGAAAAUAAAACUAAUGAUAGCAAUAAUAAAAAAUUAAAUGAAACGACAGCAACAACAACAACAGCAACAGCAACAACGACAAUAAAUAAUGAAGAAACAGCAACAACAAAUUUUAAUAACGAAACAUUCGAAAUAUCUGUAUCAAACAUUGAUCACAAUAAUACAACAAAAACAUUAUCAUCAAAUAAUAAUGAUGACAAUGAUACUGAAGAUGAUGAUGGUGAUGACAAUGAUGAUGAUGAUGAUGAUGACGAUGAUAAUUCAUCGGAUAAAGCUGAUAGUAUAUCUGAUUUUAGUCAUGACAUACCAAUUAAUGUGACAAUAACUGAUAAAAAAAAUAAUGAAAAUAUGUCUAUUAAUAAUGCAACACUCAGGGAAAGUACAAGUGUCAUUGAUAAUGAUAAUGAAAUGAAAAAAAAAAUUAAUAACAUUAUAAUAACAGAUGAUAAUCAAAAUACGAGCUGCUCAAAACAAAUGACAACAUUUGAUAAUACAAAUAAUAUUAUAUUGAAUGAGCAUUUAAAUAAAUAUGAUGAUAAUAAUGAUAAUACAAAUAUUAAAUUAAACAAUGUUAAUACACAUAAUAAUGCUCAAUAUAAUAAUAAAAUUGAUAUUGAUAAAAAUUUUGGUAAAACAGUUUAUUUUGAUGAAAUAAUUAAUGAUGGAAAAAAUGAAAAAAUUAAUUUGAAAAAUAGUGAUACUUUACUUGGUCAUUUACCACCAAUUGUUGUUAAUAAAAAUAAUUCAAUAUUUAGUGAUUUGCCACCUUUAAAUGGUAAAAAAACUAAUAUCAAUGAUUUAAAAGAAUUAAUGGAUAUUGGAUUGGUUGAUACAGUUGAUGCAGUUGAUAAUUACGAAGAAGAUUUUGUAUCAUCAGCAUCAGGAAGUGCAAAUGAACAAAGUCCAAAAAAAUUAAUUGAAAAAAAUAAUAUUAAAAUUGAUAAAAAAACUAAAACCGAUGAAAUAAAUAAUAGUACAAGAAGCGAAGAAAUAACUGAAGACAUUGAUGACAUUGAAGAAGUACUCAGUGCAAAUGUAUCAAGCGUGAGUGACUCAAUUGUUAUUUGAAAUUUUUUAUUAAUAAUAUUUAUAAUAAUAAUAUACCCAAUGAAAAAGCUUGAAGAUGCCAGUGCAGAUAAAAAUUUAUCUAAUUUUUCAAUGGGUAUUACGACAAAACGAGAAGAAGCUUAGCUUUUAAUUAUUAUUUAUUUAUUAUUAACAUUUUUUUUUUUUUGUUUUUAAAUCUAUUAAUGUUUUAGAAACGUGUGUUCACAUUUAAAUAUUUUCCUGCAUUUUUAAAAACAAAAAAAAAAAUUUAAAUACAAUAUCAUUAAAUUGUUAAUGAUUAAUUGAACAAAAAAAAAAAUAAUUAUUAUUCAGUGUCAAUAACAAAACACUGCCAGG